UCAAUCAGACACGUCGCUUCUUCACUUCUGUGCGUUGCAUUGGGAUAAUGCCCAGUGUUCUAGAACCUUUGUGAAAGAUCGUCCGAUUCCAGCUCCGCUACUGCAGGGUUCAGAGCGGCAACAGAGCUGAUCGCCGCUGGUGGCAGGAUCGUACGCAGAUUCUAAUCGAACAAUAAUGAAUGUGGGUGUAGCACACAGUGAGGUGAACCCAAAUACGAGGGUAAUGAACAGUCGUGGAAUGUGGCUGACGUACGCUUUGGGAGUUGGCAUGCUACACAUUGUCCUCCUCAGCAUUCCCUUCUUUAGUGUUCCUGUUGCUUGGACCUUGACUAAUGUCAUUCACAACUUGGGAAUGUAUGUUUUUUUACAUGCAGUGAAAGGAACACCGUUUGAAACGCCAGACCAGGGCAAAGCACGGCUACUAACACACUGGGAGCAGCUGGAUUAUGGGGUGCAGUUUACUGCAUCAAGAAAAUUCUUCACAAUCUCUCCAAUAAUUCUGUACUUCUUGACAAGUUUCUAUACAAAGUAUGAUCCAACACAUUUCUUCAUCAACACGGCUUCCCUCCUUAGUGUACUAAUUCCGAAAUUACCACAGCUCCAUGGAGUCAGAAUCUUUGGCAUUAAUAAAUACUGAACAGGGCUACAGCAGAAUCUGUUAUUUUGAGCGCACAACUUUUUGGCUCUGGCUCUUUCUGGUGGAGGAAAGGAUUACUGGUUAGGCCAUUUUAACAGUUUAUAGCGUAAAAUUCUAACUGUCCCUUCUUUGUAAGCUGUCAGAAUCCACACAGACUUAAAGAAGGUACCUCCCCUUCUAUGAGAGUAAGGGGUCUUGUGUAAAGGUUAGCCUUUGCAGGCUGGGCUGGCCCAGCUAUGACCCGAAGUUUGCAGUGCACAAAAAAGACUGACAUGAAAGGUAGAAACCGCAUCGUGAUUAUGGAUGAUCGUAUUGUGAACAUCAUCUAUUAAGGACACAGCAUUUGUCACUUUUUAAUAUUUAAAUGAUCAUCUGUAGCGAUCCAGUUUGUGACCAGCAACAGCAUUCUGUAAUGGUUUGCUGCAUGCUGCAUUGGUAUGCAUUAGUGUUUAUUUCAUUUUUUUUUCUCUUUAAAUCUUAGUUUAUUCAUCCUUGCUUUAUGGCCGAACAUACUGUCAGUAGUCAUUCAAAUGUCUUAUGUAGGCAAACAGUACCAUUAUUAGACAUCCUUCAAUAUUAGAAGUUUUGUGAUAAUGUGCUAGUAUAAUUGAAUAUGUUUGCUUGAUUCAUUAUCUACACAGUGGCAUAAUUUCAAUAGUGUCUUGUUUUAUAAAGAAUGUAGAAGUGUGGUGUUAUUUUUUUGAAAUUUUUAUUGUGUGAAUAUGGCUUUGAAUCACAAAUGUUAACAGCCAGUGUUCCUCUAAAAGCGUUCUUUAUGCUUGUACAAUCGGUACAAUACCAGUCUGGUCUAUGUUGCAUUUGGAAAAAUAAACUAAUCAAGGUUUG